ACCGCCUGCCUCCUUCCGCUUCAUCCGGGUCGCGGCCAAGAUGGCGGCGCUGGUCCGGGGCCUGAUGCGCCGGGCCGCGGCCCUGCCCCAGGCAGUGCGGAGCGUCAGCGGUAUGGGGCAGCGCCCUGAGCCCCGCCGCCCCCUGCCCAUCACCUCCCCCCUGGCCGGAUUGCCCCCCAACUUCCGCGUCAGGGAGCCCCCGAAGCCUAAGCGAGUGGAUCGGUGGACGGAGAAACGGGCCUUGUUCGGGGUCUACGACAACGUGGGGAUCCUGGGCGGUUUCCACAUCCACCCGAAGCAACUCAUCGUGGGGCCCAAGUGGCUGCGAGGCUGGCGGGGGAAUGAGCUGCAGCGGUGCAUUCGCAAGAAGCAGAUGGUGGGAGAUCGGAUGUUCCUGGACGAUUACCACAAUCUCAAAAAGAGGAUCCGGUUCUUGUACAAGCGCUUCAAUCGCACUGGAAAGCACCGUUAGGAGAGACUGUGGGUCUGGCAUGGGGUUUUGCAGUGUCACAGUCAGAAUAAAGCCAUCUUUCUCACGGCUUUAUUCCCCGUGCUUUCUGCAACCUUUGCUGUGCAUUUCUGGCCCAGCCCCAAGGUCCUGCUGCUGCUCCAGGCCUGAGCUCUUUGGAAGUUCAGCCCCCUUAGUCAUCUCUGAUGUACUUCUCACAGUGCCAGCCUACAUCUCUUAGCUAUUAUCUGAGAGUCUUCCAGUUUUUGGCCAGGCUUUUAGCUUCCUUUCAGUCUUUAUUAGUCCCAGGUUCUUACAUCCUACUCAGCAAUUUCAGUACAUGCCAUCUUAGAUUUUUCCUCAUAAGCCAAAUUACCAAGUUAAUGAUGAGCGUGCCUCCCAGUAAUACCUCUCAGUGGUCAUUGCGUGCCCCCUACCUCCACUUAUCUGUGAUUACUAUCAAGUCUAAAUGAAACAAACAUUUGCUGAAAUGCAUCAAAAUGUGUUUUUAGAAUAGGACUUGUCUCUAUUUCAUAAUGAUAAUGACUUAACCCUGUCUUAGUUUCAGCUGGGACAGAAUUGUUUUCUUCAGAGUGUGUGGUAUGAUGCUGUCUUUUUGAGUCUCGGAGAAAACAAUGUUGAUAACACACCAAUGUUUAUAGUUGCUGUUAAGCGGUGUUGUACAGAGCCAAGGCCAUUCUCAGGGAAAGGCCUAAGGAGCUGGAAGGAAACAGAAUUAGGGCAGCUGACUUAAACUGGCCAAAGGAAUAUUCCAUACCAUACGGCAUCAUGCAAAAGGAGUUUUGAAGGGGGUGGGAGUUGUCAUCGGUCGGGGGUGGUGAGCAAUUGCUUGUGCAUCGUUUGUUAUAUACGUUCAUAUAUAUGUAGUCAUAACUAUUUAUUUUAGUAAAUAGUUUUAUCUCAA